AUGGGCCCAACCACGCCCUAUUCGACCCCACCCGAAGAAUUCCAAAACCCUUUUGAAGACCCGAUCAUGAGCCCCGAAAAGUUGUACGACGACGAAUCGAUUGCGACGAGCAAUGACCGACCCAACCCGCCGCCAGCGCGACAGUUGGCCCGGCGUGCCCGCGACCUCGACGACCCAUCGUUCGAUCUGGAAGAAGAAGCGCUGCUGGGCCAUCCUUUUUUUCGUCGUCGCUGGUGUUGCCGUCGCUGUUGCGUUGAGUGCUCGUGCUUACGAGGAUGUUCGCAAGAAUGCCAAGGAGAAUCAUCGCAUCGGCAUGGCGCUGUGCGAGCAGUACCCCACCCUUCCUUACUGGUGAGGAAAAUUUGGCACUAGGCCCCGCCUCUUCCCGAUUGUACUGACCUCGAUCAUUUCGCCAUCAUAGCCUCAAAAUUAAAGACGAGGUCGAUCCUUACAAUGGAACGCUUCGCUACGCAUAUGGAAUGGUCUCGAUCAACGACACCACCGCCUCUCUUUCGAACGACACCACUGCCGCCGGCGCCGUCCCACUCGACCGGCCCUUCUCUGAUCCACAAGCUCAUCAUCGACGCCGAGCAACAAUGGAAUGCCAAGCUCGCCAAGCAGAGUCAUUCGCUGGUCCAAGCCGUUGCGGAGUACAAGCGACGUUACAACCAGAACCCUCCCGUCGGUUUCGAUCGAUGGUACCAGUUUGCGAUGGACAACAACGUCCAGCUCAUCGACGAAUAUGACUCGAUUUACGAGAACAUUUUCCCUUACGCCUCGAUCCCGAGUCGGGAGCGAUCGGAUAUGCUCCAAGAGGACGGAACGUUGUGGGUCCACAACCUCAGUUUCACGAUCGACGUGACGAACCACAAAGCAACCCUCGAGGGCCCGAUGACGAAAAGAAACUCGCGCGCGGAGAACCUCUUGUUGCUCAUGGAGGGUAUCUUGCCCAUGCUUCCCGAUCUCAACUUGACCGCGACUGGACACGAUUCGGGCUACAUCGUCGCCUCGGCCAACAUGAAGGCAAAGCACAUUGAGGCCGCCAAGGCCAAGCGAUGUAAGUCAUAGAUCGUCUUCAUACUUCCUCACGGCCAGCAUCUGAUCAACUUCGUUUCUUUUUCACUGUAUCAGACCUCACUGAGGACCAGCUCAUGGACUUUGACGAUAACAAGACUCUUGAGUAAAUCCCGCGUCGGGAAUCCGUAUCUUCUGUUCCUCUCCUGGCGAGCUGACCGAUGGCUUCAUUUACCACACCCUCCCAGUGGCUGGCAAACUCUUUGUCCCCGCGGCUCACCCAUUCGCAACGUCUCUCACAUCGCCGACCGGCUGGCCAAGAACGAGCGCAAGCAAAUCACUUUCAUCGAGGACCACAAGGAGGCGAUGAACAUGUGCAACCAUCCCGAGAUCCAGCCUCUUCAUCGAUACACAUCCUGGUCAGUAGCGCUUCACUCAAGAAGUGAUCAAGCCAAUUUUCAGCUUGACUGA